AUGGGGAAAGCUGGACGUGUCGCGUGUAUUAUCACGCCUUAUCUCCUGACGAUCGCUACCUUAAUCUGUAUCAUCGUUGUGGCUUUGGGAUGUACCAAGUCUAGCUCCAGCACCUUAAGCAAUCUUUACUUCAUUCGGGUCGAUCUCAGAAACAUAGACAACGGCACAAAGACGGAUAGCGAAAUUGAAGACAUCCUCAAUGAGUUCCACAUCACCAGCGUCAACUCAUCCGAAGUGAAGGAUAUCGUGGACCAAUUAGCCAGCAAUGAAGAAGAUAGCGAGAUUAAGGAGUUCUACGACAUUGGUCUGUGGGGUUAUUGCGACGGUGAUGUUCGCGACGGAAAAUUCGAAACGACCGACUGCACGAAGCCCAAAGGCGACUUCUAUUUCGACCCAAUCUCUGUCUGGCACCUGGACAGCACCUCAAUCAAGGAUGAAAUGCCGGAUGACUAUAACAAAAUCAUGAAGGUUUACAAAGCCGUCUCCAAGUGGAUGUCUGUCGCCUACAUUAUCGCCAUCAUUACCACCGUUAUUGAGAUCUUGGUUGGCUUCUUCGCCAUCUGCAGUCGCUGGGGUAGCUGCGUUACCACUCUCUUCGCUGUCACAGGCUUUAUUUUCACAACCGCUGCGUCUGUCACUGCAACUGUCUUGUUUUCCGUGUUCAAGGGUAGCUUGACCCACACUCUUGAGGCCUAUGGCAUCAAGUUGCACAUGGGCAAGAAUAUCUAUGUUGCUACUUGGCUCGCUGUUGCCUUUUCCCUUGCUUCGACUAUCUUCUGGGUCUUCAGUGUUUGCUGCUGCUCCGGUCGUUCCCCUUACAACCACAGCAACAAGCCCCGUGGUAGAGGGUUAACCGCCGAGAAGGCUCCUUACACCUAUGAGGCUCUUGGUGCCGGUGCUCAACCAUUCGGCCAUCAUGACAGCACUGCCUACCCUCCUCCCUCUGCCAACUCCUACCCCAUGACCAACCAACCGCCGCAGGCGAGCCCCUACGAGCCUUUCCGUCACUCCUAA